AUGGCGCUGGCGGCGGGUCUAGCUGCCCGCGGCCGUCACGUCACAGCCGUCACGCCCUUCUCGGAGCAAGGCUCAUCGGACAAUUUGACACACGUGCCGGUACCCAACACUAUGUAUCUCUUUGGAGAUAACAUGUUCUCACUCGGUGAACGUGGCGCAUUUGGACUGAUCAUGACUCUCUUCCGUUUCGGAGUGAGUUCGUUUGAAAUUUUUCUCCACACAGAGAGCGUCCGGCGACUGUUCCUCGCUGAGCACAAGUUCGACGUCAUGAUCAUCGAAGAGUUCUUCAGCGAGUGCUUCCUGCCGCUGGCUCACAGCCUGCGGAUACCAGUCAUCGGAGUGGCGACCAUAUCGCCGACCUCUUGGAUGGCGGAUAUCGUCGGCAGCCCCAGUCCGUGCGCUUCCGUUCCGGACACAUUCCUCUGGUACACGGACAGGAUGUCAUUCUUGGAACGACUCCACAACGCGGCGUUUGCGACUCUGUCAAAAGUCACUCGCGAGUUGUACUACAAACCGAGAUUGGAAGCCGUUUCGCGGCAGUACCUGAACAGCACGGCGCUGCCAAGCGUAUCGGACACGGAGAAGAACACCUCCGUCCUACUUUCAAACACUCAUGUCAGCAUGUCUUUCCCGCGUCCCCUGUCGCCUAACCUCAUUGAAAUCGGAGGGGUGCACAUAAAGCCUCCACAGAAGCUUCCACAGUAUUUUCAGAAGAUUCUGGAUGAUGCCAAGGAUGGAGUAAUACUUUUCAGCCUUGGAUCUAAUCUUCGCAGCUCCGACAUGCCUGAAGUUAAAACAAAAGCAUUUUUUGCUACAUUUUCUAAAAUGAAACAAAUUGUUCUCUGGAAGUGGGAAGCCAGAAAAUCUGACGAGAACGUGCGGCUGUGCAUCACCCACGGCGGCCUGUUGAGCGUGACCGAGGCCGUGCACCACGGGGUACCGCUGGUGGUGGUGCCGUUCUUUGCAUACCAGCACUUCAACGUCAGGCAAGCCGAGCGCCUCGGCUACGCCGUCAGGCUUGACUUCAGUAACAUCACAGCGGAUUCACUCACCUGGGCACUUACAGAAGCGCUUAAUAACCCUAGGGCCCGUGAGGUGUCUCGUAUCUUCCACGAUCGUCCUCGCGCGCCGCUGGAAGAGGCCGUUUGGUGGACGGAGUAUGUUGUGAAGCACCGCGGAGCGACUGCCCUGCGCUCUGCCGGCCAGACCUGUGCUGGUACCAGAUAA